AUGGCAUCGUCUUAUACUGUAUCAUCUACAAAAUCAUAUAUGCAGGCUAUGCAGCCUAUGAUUGAUAUAUUAAACACUUUAAAUAUCAACACCCAAAGACCCUUGAAGAAAAUUCCCACCAUUGAUAAUGAAAUUGCCAAGAUUACACCAUUAGAUAAAAUAUUAACCAAGUUUAACAAUGUAUCUCCUGAUAUCCUUGAUUCAAUAUCCGAUGGUGGUAAUACCAACCAGUUUUCAAACAAUUUAAUUAUACUCAAAGACAUUGAACAAGAAUGUGAUCGAGUUAGUAAAGCUAGAGGUCAAGAUGAUAAGGAAAUUUUCACAUUGAUAAAAUCAUUAUUAUUACAACAACCAAAUGAUGAACAAUUACAAUCUUCAUUAUUUGAUAUAUUGGGAUUUGAUGAAUUUAAUCUAAUUUCAAAAAUAGUUCAAAAUAAAUCUUUAUUUUCUAUCAAUCAAAAUAAUGAUUCUUCCAUUGGUGGUACUGGUAGUGGUGGUGGUUUGUUAACUGCACAAGAACGAGCUCAAUUGUUAAUUGAAAAUCAACAACGAACCAAGAAUCAGACACUAUUACCAAAACUGGCCAUUACUCAACGAUAUCCCAAUGUUUACAAAAACCCAGAUGUUGGUAAUAUGAUCUCAAUAACUGGAAAAAAAUUUGCAUUACCCACGGGAACAACUAGAGAAUCUUGGGCUACUCAUGAAGAAUUAACAAUCCCAUUCCCGGAAAAUAAACCAAAUAAAUGGAUAUCUGAUGAAAAUUUGGUACAAAUUAAGGAAUUGGAUUUCUUAUGUCAAGGUACAUUUAAAAAUUAUAAGAAUUUGAAUAAAAUGCAAAGUUUGGUAUAUCCAAUAGCUUAUAAUACCAAUGAAAAUAUGCUUGUUUGUGCCCCAACGGGAGCGGGGAAAACUGACGUGGCUUUGUUGACCAUUUUACAUGCAAUAAAUCAAUUUGUUUCUGAAACUAUUGGCGAUGAUGGUGAUAUUACAAUUGAUAUAGAUUAUGAUGAAUUCAAAAUUGUUUAUGUGGCCCCUUUGAAAGCUUUAGCAGCAGAAAUUGUUGAGAAAUAUAGUAAGAAAUUACAAUGGUUAGGGAUUAAUGUCCGGGAAUUAACUGGAGAUAUGCAAUUAUCAAGACUGGAAAUCUUAACUACUCAAAUUAUUGUCACAACUCCCGAGAAAUGGGAUGUGGUAACUAGAAAACUGAAUGGUGAUAGUGAAUUAGUAUCAAAAGUUAAAUUAUUGAUUAUUGAUGAAGUACAUUUAUUACAUGAAGAUCGAGGAUCGGUUAUUGAAACUUUAGUUGCUCGUACUUUAAGACAAGUUGAAAGUACCCAACUGAUGAUUAGAGUUGUUGGACUUUCAGCAACUUUACCUAAUUUUAUGGAUGUGGCUGAUUUCUUGGGAGUAAAUCGAAAUGUUGGAAUGUUUUAUUUUGAUCAAUCUUUCCGUCCAGUCCCAUUAAAACAAAUGAUUUUAGGUGCUAGAGGGAAAAAUGGAAGUAAAUUAGCUAGAGAAAAUAUUGAUAAAAUAUCUUAUGAAAAAUUGGCUGAUUAUAUUCAUCAAGGUUUACAAGUUAUGAUAUUUGUUCAUUCCCGGAAAGAUACCGUCCGGACGGCUAGAACCUUUAUACAAAUGGCACAAGAUCAUAAUGAAUUAGCCAUGUUCCAAACCUCGCCAGAAACUUGUGAUUCUUAUGAACGGUUUAAACGUGAAGUAUCCAAUAAAAAUAGAAGUAAAGAAUUAAAAGAAUUAUUCCCUCAUGGAUUUGGGACUCAUCAUGCCGGGAUGUUACGUAGUGAUCGAAAUUUGACGGAAAAAAUGUUUGAAUCAGGUGCUAUCAAAGUAUUAUGUUGUACUGCCACUUUAGCCUGGGGGGUUAAUUUACCGGCUGCAGUAGUAAUCAUCAAAGGAACUCAAGUAUAUGAUUCCAAAGCGGGUGGGUUUAUUGAUUUGGGUAUAUCCGAUGUGAUUCAAAUUUUUGGUAGAGCCGGUAGACCUCAAUAUGAACAAUUUGGGACUGGGAUCUUAUGUACUACUAGUGAUAGAUUGGAUCAUUAUGUUUCCUUACUCACACAACAACAUCCAAUUGAAUCGAAAUUGGCCGAGAAAUUGAUUGAUAAUUUAAAUACGGAAAUCUCGUUAGGGACAGUUACGAAUAUAGAUGAAGGGGUACAAUGGUUGGGAUAUACUUAUAUGUUUGUUCGGAUGAAACAGAAUCCAUUUGCUUAUGGGAUAGAUUGGCAUGAAUUACAAGAGGAUCCAUUAUUAACUAAUCGAAGACGGGAUAUGAUUAUUAAUUCAGCAAAACGUUUACAUCAUUUACAAAUGAUUAUAUUUGAUGAGGUUUCUGGAGCAUUUACACCUAAAGAUUUAGGAAGAAUCGCAUCAGAUUUCUAUUUAUUAAGUAAUUCAGUUGAAAUCUUUAAUCAGAUGGUUAAUCCCCUUGCGACAGAAGCUGAUGUUUUAUCCAUGAUUAGUAUGAGUAGUGAAUUCGAUAGUAUUAAAUUCCGAGAAGAAGAAUCUACCGAACUUAAACAAUUACUUGAAUCCGAUUCACCAUGUCAAAUUGCCGGUGAUGUAGAUUCUUCCCAGGGGAAAACCAAUAUUCUUUUACAAGCAUUUAUUUCCCAAGCUAAUAUUCGAGAUUCGGCAUUAAUUUCUGAUUCUAAUUAUGUGGCCCAAAAUUCCGCUAGAAUAUGUCGGGCAUUAUUUUUAAUUGCCAUGAAUAGAAGAUGGGGGAAAUUUAUGAAGAUUAUGUUGUCAAUAUGUAAAUCCAUAGAUAAACGAAUAUGGGCCUUUGAUCAUCCAAUGGCGCAAUUCGAUUUACCUGAACCAGUGUUGAGGAAUAUUAGAAGUAAAAACCCCAGUAUGGAAUCUUUACGUGAUAUGGAAGCGGGUGAAUUAGGUGAUUUGGUACAUAAUAAUAGAAUGGGUGGGAUUUUAUAUAAACUUGUUGGGAAAUUCCCAUAUAUUGAAGUUGAAUCAGAGAUAUUCCCAAUUACCACCAAUGUUAUGAGAAUCCAUGUUGUAUUAGAACCUGAUUUUGUUUGGGAUGAAAGAUAUCAUGGAAAUGCCCAAAUAUUUUGGUUGACUGUUGAAGAAUCUGAUCGAUCAGAUAUUUUACAUGUGGAGAAAUUUAUUUUGAAUAAAAGACAAUUAAGAAAUCCUCAUGAAAUGGAUUUCAUGAUUCCUUUGUCGGAUCCAUUACCACCACAAGUUAUCAUUCGAGUCAUAUCUGAUCUUUGGAUUGGAUCAGAAACCGUUCAUGCUGUCAGUUUCCAACAUUUAAUUCGUCCUUCUAAUGAAACUUUGAAAACUGAUUUAUUAAGACUUCAACCAUUACCAAUCACAGCAUUACAUAAUCCUGAUAUUGAAGCUAUAUAUUCAUCAAAAUUCAAAUAUUUUAAUCCUAUGCAAACAAUGGUGUUCCACACUUUAUAUAACACUAACUCAAGUGUAUUUGUUGGUUCACCUACGGGGUCAGGUAAAACGAUCGUGGCGGAAUUGGCUAUCUGGCAUGCAUUUAAUGAAUUUCCUGGUUCCAAAAUAGUCUAUAUUGCACCCAUGAAGGCAUUAGUACGUGAAAGAGUUGAUGAUUGGCGGGAAAGAAUAUGUAAAAAUACUAGUUAUAAAUUAGUAGAACUUACAGGUGAUUCACUUCCCGGGAUUCAAGAAGUUCGUAAUGCCGAUAUAAUUAUUACCACUCCGGAAAAAUUCGAUGGUAUUUCUCGUAAUUGGCAAACUCGUAAAUUUGUCCAACAAGUUUCAUUGGUUAUAAUGGAUGAAAUUCAUUUAUUGGCAAGUGAUCGUGGUCCAAUUUUGGAAAUGAUUGUCAGUCGUAUGAAUUAUAUUUCUUCACAAACUCAUACUCCAAUCAGAUUAUUAGGUAUGUCUACCGCGGUAUCGAAUGCAUUUGAUAUGGGUGGUUGGUUAGGUUGUCGAGAAGGAUUAUUUAAUUUCCCCCAAUCAGUGCGUCCAGUUCCAUUACAGAUGUAUAUUGAUGGGUUUCCUGAUAAUUUGGCAUUCUGUCCAUUGAUGAAGACGAUGAAUAAACCGGCAUUUAUGGCGAUAAAGCAACAUUCUCCCGAUAAACCAGUAUUAAUAUUCGUGGCUUCGAGAAGACAGACAAGAUUGACGGCGUUGGAUCUUAUUCAUUUAUGUGGAAUGGAAUCAAAUCCUAGACGAUUCCUUAAGAUGUCAGAUUAUGAAUUAGAAAAAGUAUUGGAAGAAGUUAAGGAUGAUACAUUGAAGUUAUCUUUACAAUUCGGAAUGGGUUUACAUCAUGCUGGUUUGGUUGAAUCUGAUAGACAAAUCUCUCAUAAGUUGUUUGAAUCAGGUAAGAUUCAAAUCUUGGUUGCUACAUCGACCUUAGCCUGGGGGGUUAAUUUACCGGCCCAUUUAGUUAUUAUUAAGGGAACACAAUUUUUUGAUGCCAAAAUUGAAGGAUAUCGUGAUAUGGAUUUAACUGAUAUUUUACAAAUGAUGGGACGUGCAGGUAGACCAGCAUAUGAUACAAGUGGGAUUGCAAUUGUUUAUACUAAAGAAUCAAAGAAAGUUUUUUAUAAACAUUUCCUUAAUUUAGGAUUUCCAGUUGAAUCUUCUUUACAUAAAGUUUUAGAUAAUCAUAUUGGGGCAGAAAUUUCAGCAGGUACAAUUACAACUCGACAAAUGGCUAUGGAUUUCUUAACUUGGACUUUCUUAUAUAGAAGAGCUCAUAAUAAUCCAACAUAUUAUGGAAUUGAAGAUAUAUCCGAAUAUGGUAUCUCGCAAUAUUUAGCUGGAUUGAUUGAUAAAACUAUUGAAAAUUUAGUUGAAUCACAAUGUGUUUAUACUAGUGGGUCUGAUGAUCUUUUCGCAACUCCAUUCUUACACAUAUCUUCAUAUUAUUAUCUUUCCCAUAUGACAAUGAGAAAUUUUGUUAAGAAGAUUCAUAAGAAUUUCGAAUUUAGAGAAUGUUUACAAUUACUUGCAGAAGCAGCUGAAUAUGAUGAAUUAGCAACUAGACAUGGAGAAGAAUUGAUCAAUAUGGAAAUGUCUCAAGCUAUGAGAUAUCCUGCAGAAGAUUUACAACGAGAAUUCAUUUGGGAUCCUCAUGUUAAAGUAUAUCUUUUAAUUCAAGCAUUUAUGAGUCGGGUUGAAUUACCAAUUCAUGAUUAUGCCCAAGACACGAUUUCGGUAUUGGAUCAAUCUUUACGUAUUUUACAGGCAUAUAUUGAUGCGGCUGCUGAAUUGGGAUAUUAUAAAGCGGUGAUGUCGUUUGUUACAUUAAUGCAAUGUAUUAAACAGAGAUAUUGGUAUGAUGAUGAUCCAGUUUCCGCAUUGCCUGGAUUGAAGCUUACUGUCAAAAGGGAACAAGAACGAGUUGAUUUGAAGGCUGUUGGAGAAAUGAAUAUGGGUAAGUUAUAUAAAUUUGCCGAAAAGGCUGGAAUUAGUGGAAAGAAUCUUUUAGAGAGUCAUGGAGUUGCUGAUGAUGAGAAUGCAAAGAAGCAGUUUGUUAAAAUUGCUUCACGUUUACCUGUGGGCAAACUUACAAUUGAACAACCUUCAAGAGAAAGUUUAAAGGUCACUUUAACCCAUGAAAAUUUCCCAUUGAAUAAUGAUUUUAAAGUCUAUUGUCCACAUUUCCCAAAACUUCAAAGAGAAUCUUGGUUUGUUAUUGCUUUUGAUGAAGGUUCACAAGAGUUGCAUUUACUUAAGAGGGCUUCGCCUAGAUUGGUUGGUAAAAAGGGAAUCGUUUCUUGUGAACUUGAUAUCCCAGAAGAUCUUUUUGGUAAAGAUAUAUCUGUAUCUAUUGUUAAUGAUGGAUAUGAUCUUGAGUAUUUACAGCAACACAAAUUGUUAAUAUAA